CCUAACUAUGCACCUAGGGUUCGAGACCUCAAUGGCUUUUACCCAAACGCAAGACCGCACUUUAAAUGGAGAGUCGGGUUACACAAUUUGGUAUUCCAAGCACAAGGACACGGAAAAUCAAGUAAUAAUCGUGGAGGCGAAGAAGGCGAGGAAUGUUACUUGUGGAUUUCCACAAUUAUUGGGAUACAUGGGUAAGCAUUUCCAGCUGUUAAUAUAUGUAUAUAUCAUGAAGCUGCUACUAUUCUAACAUUAGGUAGGUGCUGUG